CCCUCUCCCACUUGUUCCGUUGGAGUAGGAAAAGGAACUGCGAAGCACAAGUGUUCCGCUGCUUGCACAUGGAGGGGGAAGGCUCGAUGUUGGUAAAGCAGGAGAGCACUUAUAAAUCUGUGUUCAUAUUGGCGCGUAACGCGAGAAGAAACUAUCAAGGACAUUUAUUUGAGGUGAAAAUAGGGCAAGGAUCAGGAGAUAUUAUGGGGGCAAGAGAAGGAAUACCAGUAGAUGCUCAAGAUCGACCCCCAGUGCUUCAUCCUGUAACCAAGUUCUUUGAUGAUGAGAAGAGUCAUACGGUUUUCCCUUACAAUAGUUCUUUGGUGGCUGUGACAUUCAACAGCCCCUCCAAGUUAUAUAUGAUGGUAACUGCUCCUGAACCCAAGCCUUACCUUAUUAGGUCCACGAAAGUAAAGCCAAAGGCACGUGUUUUCGACACAGAGACCAAGUCAUUCUAUAAAUUUAAACGCCCCAAAUCAUUUGGGGAGAGGGCAAAUUUGAUCCCUGCGUAUGGGAAGCUUUAUCAUCUUGGAAGGUGCGGACUUAAAGAAGUACCAGCGUUUGAGCAGUAUGAUCCCUGCAAUGAUUGUUGGGAGCCCCUGCCACCUGUUCCUGCUGAACUCUUUCGGGGCUUAGGGAUGUUAACUGGUUAUGCCGUUUACGGCGAUAAUAUUUUGGUUUCAUUUAUGCCCAUCAGUUCAAAGCCCUACAAAAAUACAGGUUUUGCUUUUCAUGUAAUUGAAAAGAAAUGGCAUCCUGUGUCGGGUGCCGUCCAUAUUCGGGGGAGGGCUGUGGUUGUAGGUGAUAAAAGCAGUUUCUAA